AUUUCUGAUUCCUGGUUUUCCUCGCAAACAUCGGAGUCGACUCCUAGACGGAGCCGAUUCUACUGCACUAUAUUGACGACGUUUAAAAGAAGAUUCGAUUCUUCGUGGUGUCGACUCCUAGCCAUAGAAUACGCUACAACGGAGCAGCUGUGAUUGUGGAGGUUGACGGUUUUUGCUUCGCUGCUUUAGUAAUAGUAAAUGGUGGAUAUUUAUGAAAAAUAUUUUUUAGAAGAGGUGUCCAAUCCUGUGAGAUGUCUUUGGAGAGCACAUCAGACCUGGUUAACGAGAACACGUGUGUACCCUCCUCACUGAGCCUUGAUCUACGCUGCCCACACAGUGCUCUACUGGACACAGAUCUAGGCCUAAAAGGCAAAGAUAAAGGCUCGUCCACUUCCUCUACUAAGAGCCGCCAUAUCUACGCCAGCACCACCACAACACACCUCCUCACCGGCAGCAUGGGUGGCCGGGACGAUGACGUCUCUCACCGUGAGGAAGAGCGAGCAAGGAAUCAAGAAAAUGAGCAAGGUCACUCACUGUCUGGGAACAAUGCCAAGUGGAUGAAGGAAGGUCAGAACCAGCUGCGCAAAGUUGCAGAGCAGCAGCAGGACCUCAAUAGAAAUCCAGACCAGAACCUUAACCUAACAGAAAAUGAGAACGAGAGUCCAGACGUGAACCCAAACCAGAACCAUACGCUUGAUGAGCAAGAGCAUGAUGUGGAGAACAAUAAGAACUUGAAGGUUCUCUGCUCAGAUGUAGACAUCAGGAAUACUGCCAAUGAACCUUUACUGAUCGAUACCUCUGAGGUUCCCAAGAGCAAGGAGCAGGAGGAGGAAGAGGAGGAUGAGGAAGAGGAAGAGGAUGAGGAGGAAGAAAGCCUGCCAGCCAGUAGUGGAGAGAAAGACACAGAUUCCUCUGAGGCGCAGAGCAGCAGUGAGUCGAGGAAAAGCGGUGAAGGUGGAAGCAAGAACAGAUGUUUACUGUUCGGCAAGAAUGGUGCUCCCAGUGAUGAGGACUCCAGCUGUAUGUCUUUGUCUCAGGGGAGCACGGCCACCAGCACUCCCGAUGGGGAUACAGAGUCUUACUGGGACCGCAGUGCAUUUGAGACGGACACCGACCUUCCAGCUGGGUGGAUGAGGGUGCGGGACACUUCUGGCACCUACUACUGGCACAUUCCAACAGGCACCACACAGUGGGAGCCACCAUCUCCAAUGGAGGAGGGUGCAGUGCCAGAGAGACCAUCAAGCACCUCCCCUGCAAUUACACCCUCUGAGGAACCACAGAUUACAUGGAACGGUGUUCCUCGUCAAAACAGAUUCAAUGAUGACUUGUGGAAGGAGGAGGAUGUAACUUCUGAUCAGAGUCUAAAGGAAUUUGAAGGAGCUACACUGCGCUACGCCUCCAUCAAUCUCAGCUGUGCACAGUCAGAGGGAGAAGAGAAACCAAGUUCAUACAACAAUGAUGGAGAGGCCAAGUGUUUUGCUGUGCGAUCUCUGGGAUGGGUGGAGAUAUCUGAGGAAGAGAUGGCACCUGGCAAGAGCAGCAUUGCUGUCAAUAACUGCAUCAGACAGCUCUCCUACCACAAACACAACUUACACGACACAGUCGGUAUCUGGGGAGAGGGGAAGGACAUGCUCCUGGUGCUGGAAAACGAGAUGCUAAAUCUGAUUGAUCCUCUGGGACAGACCCUUCUCCACUCACAGCCUAUAGUCAGCAUUCGUGUGUGGGGUGUCGGCAGGGACAACGGCAGGGAGAGGGACUUUGCCUACGUGGCGCGAGACAAGCUAACCCAUGUUCUAAAGUGUCACGUGUUCCGGUGUGACACUCCGGCCAAGAACAUUGCCACCAGCAUGCAUGACAUCUGUUCCAAGAUAAUGGCACAGAGGAAGUCCUCAAAAUCAAGCCUCACCAGACUCAACAUAGAUCCUUCCAAACUAGUGGACAUUCCAGUACAGGAGUUCCCAGCACCAAAGAAUGAGCUGGUCCAGCGUUUUCAAGUGCGUUACCUUGGUAAUGUACAGGUGGCAAAACCAGUAGGCAUGGAUACACUUAAUUCUGCCUUGGAGAUAGCACUUGCCUCUAGAGACAAAGCAGACUGGAGUCCUGUGACUGUGAAUGUGGCCUCUGCUACUCUGACUAUACUUAUUUCAGAUACCGAGGAGGUUCUCUCAGAGUGUCGUGUUCGCUUCCUUUCAUUCAUGGGCGUGGGGAAAGAUGUACAUACUUUUGCCUUCAUCAUGGCUGAAGGCCCUGGAGAUUUCAUCUGCCACAUGUUCUGGUGCGAACCCAAUGCUGCCAGUCUGAGUGAGGCUGUGCAGGCUGCUUGCAUGCUGAGGUAUCAGAAGUGUCUGGAUGCCAGGCCUCCCAGCAGUAUCUCGUGUUUGCCUGGCCCUCCUGCAGACUCUGUUGCUCGCCGGGUGGGGUCCAGUGUCAAGAAAGGCGUGCAGAGCCUGCUGGGAACAUUCAAGAGAUCUGGAGCCCAAACACCGUGAGAAAUGAAGUCCUCCUCACACUGGCUCUCGCUCUCCACCUCCCUCUUCACCCCAGUUUGUCCUCCACUUGUCAGCUGUAGAUCUCAAUCAAGUGUUGAACACACAUUUCAUUUCUCCUGGCCUCUUCUGAUGAGCUCAGGUUUCCCUGCAUUUCAGUGUCAUGAGCUGUAUGAAUGUACGAUCAAGACAUGAUUUAGAAAACAAACGGAGUAUAGUACAAUAUAAUUGUUACAAUAAUUAUGGAAACACUAUUUCAAACUUUGGUCUAGGAAGAUAGUAUUGCAUCUCAUUAAUGAUUCUUCAGCAAUGUCUUUUUUGGGGGUUUGAAAGCAGUUUAUCAUUGCAAUUUCUGUCUCCUUAAGAACUGGACCAAAAUUAGCAUCACAAUGUACACUAAGAACCUUAGGUGUUCACAUCUCAGAAAAAAAAUGCAUACACUACACUUGCUUUUUAAAAACACUAAAACUAGCACCAACGUUAAUACAGUUGAUGUAAUGUGCUGUGUGUACUGUAACACUGCUGUUGACAGGUUUUUUUAAAUAUAGAAAACAUAUGAUAGUAAGUAUGUUUAAAUAGAAUGGAAGGAUCUUUUUAAAGUCGUGUGCAAAUUUUUCCGUUAACAGAAAACACUGUGCUUGUGAAGUCAGGAUGCUUUCACUCUUGUUUUUUUCCCCUCCACCGCAAGUUUUGCACAUAAUCCUAUGGGAAGCAGCCACAGAGUACACUGCUUUUAAAAUGUUGCAGCCAGUGGCUUUUGAUCACAGUGAAACACUUCUAAUGCAGAAUGCCAUGAAAAAAAAAAAACAGGGAAAGAAACAAAACAGAAAAACAUGUGAUGUAGAUGGGGAGAUAUUGGUGUGUGGCUGCAUAUACUGUAGCAGUGUCACACAGACAGCUCGUAAAAUCUCAAAACUCACAGCAACCAACCAAUCUCCUCAUUACUACAGUUAAAAAAAUCUUUAAUGCUGACAAUAAUCAAUCAAAUCUAGAUGGCAAGCUUGUCUAAAUAGUUAUCAAUAGGUUAUUAAUAGGACUGGUAAGAAUGUUGUUACACUGUGUGUCACAUGUUCCCAUAUCGGCACAAUAAGUGAACUAGCCAAUGGUUUUUCCUUUUAAAAAACAAAAAAGGCAAGUGUGAAAGCAUCCUUACCACAGCUAGACUAUAAAUCUACACAGAACAUGACUGCGUUUUAGAAAUCUACACUGAAUAUGACGUGUGACCACGUUUUGAUGUGACCUUAUCAGUGCAUUAUAAGUUUAUUAUUUACAAGUUUUGAUGGUUUUUAUCUGACUGGAAUUAUUUAAACAGAUUAUUUAUAUACUAUAAAAUAGCGUUACUGUAUCAUAGUCUUCCAAAAGGAACGGCUCAGCAAAGAGCCCCUGGAUAUUUCACUAGCUUAAACGGGCAUUAGUGAGAAUUUUAUUUUAUUUUUUUUUUUAUUAAAGGAUUUUAAGUUGUGUUGAAAGAAUAUUGUUUCCCUGCUGGGUGGGAUUUUUUUUUAGAUUGUGAGGUCUCACCACUGUUUUUCUUUUUCUUUUUUUUUGGAAAAAGGAGUGGUUCAAUAAUGUUUCUGAAUGUGUGCAAGUCUGCCUUCAUUGGAUUAGUGAAGUCUGAUGUGGAGGAGAAAUGCUUUAAUCACCCUGUAGGUGUAGGCACCAAGAUGUAUCGGUAGAGGGCGCUCUCUGCUUUCUAUUGGGUUUGUAAUAUAACGUCAGGCUCAUUUCUCAAAUGGUUUCUUUGUGUGUAUUUUCGAACAAAAAUCUGUCAUAAUUUCUCAUAUACUCUUGAAAGAACCAUGUUUCACUUAUUUCAUGUGUAUAUACAGUUGAUACACUGAUUAAUUCCACCUCUCAUGCACCUUGUAAUAUAAUUCACCAUGACUUUGCCUCAUUGUUUGGCUUUAAACCAGUACCAGCCAGUCACAAAAUCCUACACAUCCUACAAUUACUCACUGAAUGUUGUGUACAUAAACUAAUAUAGUGAUAGUAGCAGAAUGCACCCAUAUAAAGUAGCACAUUUCUCUGAAUGCUAACAGGUUGUGUAAAACUACUUCACCCACAGACUUUUCUUUAGAUUUACUCUUCACUUGGCUUGUGAAUAAGCCUUAGCUCUUAGCUCCGCUGCUAAAGAAUGAAUGUUGUCUGAAAGGAAAUGGAGUUCUGUCUUUUUUCCCCCAUUUUUAUUAUUAUUUUUUAAACCAUGUCACAGUAGCUUGCACUGCAGUCGCUCUACUAAACAAAAAUGUAUAUGUGGUUGUGUGUCUGCAUUUCCUGUAUAAACUGUAAGGUACUGUAGGUCUAGAACACUUCAUGUCAUGGAGAUUGGUAACAACAUGGAAUAAUAUCUAUGUAUUGUACCUUAUAAGAGGAAUGUAAAUGUUAGUUGUUUGACUAAAUCAUUUUAGGAAAAUCUCCUUUUUUUAUAUGAAUAAAAAUGUAAUGAAUGACUGUGCCAAUGUGCACAAAGCCACCAUAACCAGCCAGCCAACAUCACAUUUCUUUGUGCAUAAUAAAGCCAUCUGUGAGCGAGUUCUCUGUGUAUAGGUGUGUGCUAUGGUAGUGCAUUUUGUCACAUGUAAUAUGCAAAUAUUAUUCAAGUGUUUAGUGUUUCUAGAAUGCAUUUUUCAUUUCAGUAAACGAGAACAUGUCUCUUUUAUUUUGUUAUUGCUUGUUUUGAAUUGCUUUCUUAUCAUGUAAAUUAGGUGUCAUGUACUGUAUAUACAUAUAUAUUAAUGAUGUGUCACUUGACAAAAUAAAAGUUACUGUCUGUC